AUGGGGAGCGUGUGUGCGCGAGGCUCAUCGACGGCGACGGUCACCGUCGUCGCUCCCGAGCACCCCCUCACCUCUCUAAGAGCAGGACCGCUCCGCCACAACUACAGAAAGGCAAGCCAGACGAGGAGACGGCGGAUGCAUUGCAUGCUGCCCCAUUGCAAUUGCUAUUGUCGUGAUGAUUGACGACCGACCAUUCACAGGUGACGAAAAUGAAGCCGAAAGAAAUCGACACCGGGCCGCGGUCGCGGCGAAACCUCAAGCCCUCAUUCAAGAGCCGUAAGGCCAGCUAGCGACACAUGACACUUCGCCAUUCCUUUCAUUGCUGCUGGUUGCCUGUUGCACUGCUGCAGGGGCGUCGAAGGACAGCAACCGGGGGUCAGGUGCAGGGCAGCGGGCCAUCAAGGCCGACACCGAGUACGACGAGCCAUCCGGCAGCGCCGCAGACGACUGCGGCCCCUCGCAAACAGAUUGACCUGCAGACGGAAAGACACAGUUCUGUGCGUGUGUCUGUGGUGAGGGAGCCAUCCGCCGUCUGUGUUGGCUGUGUUCGUGGGGUUUUGCUCAAGAGCAUACUUGUCUGGUUCUUUGC